AUGCUGUCGAAGGAACAGCAGAUGGUCAUUGGCAAGAUCAUCCCUUGGCUGAACGACUUUUUCGGAGGCUCCGGCGAUCCUGAACAAGCUGAUGCAGUGGAGAUCUGCACUCGGCUCAGUGAUUUCCUGAUCGCAAACUUCGGCACAGACACGCAAAGCUUGAAGAACAUGUUCCUGGCUGUGCAGAAAAGGCUGCAUGGCAUGGAUGCCCCGUGGGUCUUCAGAGUGCCAACCGCCGAUGAUCGAGUACCACUGGUCGAACAGGAUGUGACGCAGCAGCUCGUGCUCAUGCCAUGGCAUUUAAGUUUUCGGCCAGAACAUUCUCAGAAGGGCAAGAGCAAAAUGCUGAAUGUCAUCCGGUGCGCCGCUGACUUUCUAGAAAAACCCUAUGAUAGCUUGACAAAUCCGAUUCAACUCUGGCUUCCUCCAGGGCUGCCUGCUGCCGGAGAACCUCUGCCGGAUUUCGCCCUCGGCCAUUCGAUCGGCUUCACAAAGAGCUUAGCGAUCAAGGCGAUCCUCUUUGCAGUCCACAAGAUGAAGGACCUAUCAGACGAGGAUGUGAAGCACAUUCUGCCACAGCUGCAGGCCUUGUACAACUUUCGCUGCACAUGCCACACGACAGGCAGCAUCAAGUUUGACAGGUUCCGGUCCCUGCAGGACAAGUUCGCAGAAGCAGCUCGACCAAGGCCAGAUCCCAUUCAGGUUUCGACAUUGCUCAUGGCACAAGCGAAAGAGGAAGGUCUUGCAUGGACUGAAUGUGCAAGUCUCAUGAUCGACGAGUUCAAUGGUGGCUCGAGCAACGAGGCCAAGAAGCUUUCAGAGCUGGAGACCAGCAUAGUCGUCAUCUAUCCCACCCUCGACUUGGACACCCAGCAGCUCAUCGACUACCACUGGCAGCUGUAUGCACCCAAACAGUCUGCCAUUCCUUACAAGGCCUUGGCGACCAGUGCGUUUUUCCAAGGCAUGGCUCCGAAGAGCAGCAUGAAGUCUGACCUUUGGGUGCAAAUCCUCAAGGCAGACAAUCGCAAGAGGUACUGGUUCGUGAGGCGGAAGGUGCAGUACUUUCUCUUCAAGCUGCAAGAUGCCAAGCGGUGGAAGAAGAAGGUCAACUUGGCCACAGGAGCAGCAAAUUAUCGAGACCCAAAAGAAGCAGACGCGGCUUGGGGUAUGUCGGCUCUCUUCGCACACUUCCACUCAGAGUUUCAGAGGGUGCUGACCUCUAUGCAGCUGCAGCAGCUCGAAACCAAGUUUGCACGAGGCUACCUGGACGUCGAGCUCUUCGAAAAGUUCCGUGUCAUGAACCCACAGUUGAAGGUGGAGAACUUCAGAUUUCUGGCAGAUGUCGGCGCGAAGGUCGCUUGCGGAGUCCCGGAGUCCCAGAUCUCAGAGUCCGACGCUGACCUCGAUGUGCAGAAGGCAGAGCUUGCAAGAGCGAUUGCCAAAGUCACCAAGGAGGUGGCCGGGUGGUCCAGCUACCAGGAGAAGAAAUCCGACUUCAUUCGGAGUGCGAAAGGUCUCGCAGCAGAAGCCCAGGACGAGCAAAAGGCUUUGCAGAAGCAGGCCGUGGAGAAGUGGCAGGAAAACCGGUAUCCGAUUCGGGACUUGCACGAGGCCUCCCACGCCAUCACAUUUGCUGAAACCUGUGUUCGCAAGUUCCAGGAUGAGCAGAGCAUUCCUGAUUGCAACAUGUUCAAGGUCUUCUGGAUGAACCCAAGUGUGCUUGGCUACGACUCCUACAGCGGUAUGCAAGCUGCUAUCGCAACCUACGAAUACAUCGAGGCCAAUGUCGGGGAGGCCACACAGAAGAUCUCCGAGUGUGUGUCCCAGCCGGAGAACCGACUUCUCGUUCGCGAGGUCCUGAUGUGCUUCGACCAGAGCAGCAUCCCGGCGCAAUCCAAAAGGCCGGGCUUCCACAAGUUCUUUGUUGCCCUCUCUGACCAGUGCGACAAGGAGGGCCGCUUGAUCUCGGAGUUUUCAAGGUCGGCGCUUUGGAAACGGCAGAUGCUUCCAGUGACUGUGAAGAACUCCGUGACGCCGAUUCCCAUGUUGGCCCAGAAAGACAUGGUUGACCCGCGCCGAGGUUUCAGCCAAGUUGGUGUUGUUGCAGACGGUGCCAGCAAGCCGUCUCGACGCAAGCAGUGGAUUGCAGGAUUCAACAUUCCGGCAGCGUUCCACGAUGCUCUGUGGCAGGGUCUCACACUUCAACAGCCGUCAGGUGUUUCUUGGGUGGAUGUGUUCGCCUACGACCACUCUGUGGCCGAAGCAUUGAUGAGACGUGCUGCAAGUCCAGCUGUUCCCGCCCCACAAGCAAUCCAUGUUGGUGUCGUCUGGGCUGACUCGAACAGUCGAGACGACAAACACACAGAGAAGGGGGCUGCGAUUGACUCGAGAAAAGAGAACGCAAAGAUCUCACGCUGGCUACAGUCGUCCAUCCGCCGAAAGUUGCAGCACCUCGCACAGGACAAGGUCAUCUCAAUUCCGGACUGGAAGCCACUCGUGUCUUUCAAGGACAUGCGGGAAGUACCCGCCGUUCAGGAGAAGGAUUUCGUGGCCACCUUCCCGGGAGUAGCGGACACCAUCCCUUUCAAGGCCACCUACCAGGAGCAGAUGGAUCACAACGAAUGCUACAACAAGAGCGGAAAGCCGCACCAGGGUGAGAAGCGUUCCGCUGACGAGGCGGCCGGGCCACCGAAAAAGAAGGCGAAACUCCUGAGUUCAGAGGCCCAGAACCCAGAGUCCUUGACCGUGGAGCAGAUGAAGGAGAAGGAAGGGCCGGUGGUGGAGAUUGACCAGAAGACCUACAAGGUUUUCUUCACGUCCAAGGGUUCCAUUUGGAUCCAGACCACGUGCGAGGUGGAGCUGGACGACACCAGUCCUCUGGCCCUGACUUUUGGCAAGUUCAAGAUCAAUGAGGAAGCGGAGGCGGCUCUCAAGGAGGACAAGCUGGAGAUGAUGGACAUUGGUUUCGGCAGCGACGAGGACAUGUGUGGAGCUCGCAAGCUUUCAGACAACAAGCCGGAAAUCUCGCCGUUGAUGACACUUCGCUCACAUUUGCAGUUGAUGGAAGACAAGAAAAUGGAUGUCACCAGCAUCGAGUUUGCCUGUCACAAAUUGAAGCCGAAGGUUGCGAAGGACUCAGCUGGCGAUGCUCAGGAUCGUGUUUUCGAGGUGAAGAAGUGCGAUCCUUGUGUCUUCGUCCCUCAGCCGACCCCGCGCAAGAUGACGAACAAGAAAGCCCAGCCUGAUUGGGACGACGUGGGCAGCAUUGCCCUCACCUCACCCGACACCAAGGCAGCCUGGAACCUGAAGGAUGGCAGCCAUGCCGAGGGCUUGGUUUUUUUGAAGCAGCGCUGGGUUUUGAUGGACAACGACCAAGGCCUCAGUUUCAACCCAGAGAAACCUGGGAUUUAUUUCACAGGGCCUGUCAAGAUUGAGUCCAAGAAGCUGGUCCGUGUAGCUUGA